GGCGCGGGGCUGCGGAACCGGCCGCCGCAUGCCCGCUCCCGAGCUCGUCGCGCCGCCGGGGCUGCUGCGGGCCAAGGAAGAGAGAGAGAGCGAGAGCCUCGCGCUCGCGCCGCGACCUGGAGAAGUGGAGGAUGGUUGGAAGGGAAGGUGGCCCGUCGCUGGCGGGCACGGCUCCGGGGAGCUUUUGUUUAGGAGAGAAUGCUGAGGGCUCGCUGCACCCGGCGGCUCCUAGGCUGCGACAUGCGAACGUGGGUUCCCCACGCGCGGACUGCGCCCUGGGUCUUGCGCGGGGCCCCGGAUUCCCCACUCCCAAGUUGUGCGGUCGCAACAGGGAAGUGGUGUGGCCGCCAUUGUCGCAGCUGCUCCGGAAUAAGGAGGCGGCUACGGCUGCUUAUAUCUGGCUUGCCCCUGAUCAGACUGACUCUGAUCUGAAGAUUUUGGUGUUUAAGGCAUUAAGAACAUAGCCUGAAUUGUUCAUGGAGUUUUUCAUCAGUAUGUCUGAAACCAUAAAAUAUAAUGACGAUGAUCAUAAAACGCUGUUUCUGAAAACCCUGAAUGAACAGCGCCUGGAGGGAGAAUUCUGCGACAUCNCCAUCGUGGUUGAAGAUGUAAAGUUCCGAGCCCACCGGUGUGUCCUCGCCGNCUGCAGCACGUACUUUAAGAAGCUUUUCAAGAAGCUAGAAGUGGACAGCUCGUCCGUCAUAGAGAUAGAUUUCCUCCGCUCCGACAUAUUUGAAGAGGUGCUGAACUACAUGUACACCGCGAAGAUUUCUGUGAAAAAGGAGGACGUCAACUUGAUGAUGUCGUCUGGUCAGAUUCUCGGCAUCCGGUUUUUGGAUAAACUGUGUUCUCAGAAACGCGACGUGUCUAGUCCGGAUGAAAGUAANGGCCAGUCGAAGAGUAAGUAUUGCCUCAAGUUAAACCGCCCCAUCGGAGACGCUGCUGAUGCUCAGGAUGAUGAUGUGGAAGAAAUCGGGGACCAGGAUGACAGCCCUUCUGAUGACACGGUAGAGGGCACUCCCCCGAGUCAAGAGGAUGGCAAGUCUCCCACAACCACUCUCAGGGUUCAGGAAGCAAUUUUGAAAGAGCUGGGGAGCGAGGAAGUUCGGAAAGUGAACUGCUACGGCCAGGAAGUGGAGUCCAUGGAGACUCCCGAGUCCAAAGAUCUGGGGUCUCAGACCCCUCAGGCCUUAACCUUUAAUGAUGGGAUGAGCGAAGUAAAAGAUGAACAGACUCCGGGCUGGACCACGGCGGCCAGCGACAUGAAGUUNGAGUACUUGCUCUACGGUCACCAUCGAGAGCAGAUCGCCUGCCAGGCGUGUGGGAAGACGUUCUCCGAUGAAGGCCGACUGAGGAAGCAUGAGAAGCUCCACACCNCUGACAGGCCCUUUGUCUGUGAGAUGUGCACAAAAGGUUUCACCACGCAGGCCCACCUGAAAGAACACCUAAAAAUCCAUACGGGNUACAAGCCCUACAGCUGCGAGGUGUGCGGGAAGUCCUUCAUCCGCGCCCCAGACCUGAAGAAGCACGAGAGGGUUCACAGCAACGAAAGACCAUUCGCGUGUCACAUGUGUGACAAAGCCUUCAAACACAAGUCUCACCUGAAGGACCACGAGAGAAGACACAGAGGGGAAAAGCCUUUUGUGUGCGGCUCCUGCACCAAGGCCUUCGCCAAGGCCUCAGACCUGAAGAGGCAUGAGAACAAUAUGCACAGUGAAAGGAAACAGGUCACCCNCAGUGCCAUCCAGAGCGAGACAGAACAGUUGCAGGCCGCAGCGAUGGCCGCUGAGGCUGAGCAGCAGCUGGAGACAAUUGCCUGUAGCNAGAGGUGAUGGGUCAGGAACACUGAACCUGGAAGGUGGAUGCUAAGGUUGCACUGGCUGUAGUCAGUGAACACCUUUGACCACUUUGUGGCAAUUUACAGCAUCGUGCUAGCUGGACCUAAGACAGUGCGCACUCCAGUUAGGUGGUUCUCAAAUUUCUCAAGGCAGUUAUGUUCCUACGUUCUGACCAAACCGUUUGGUUUUUUUUAUCUUUUGGUGUGUGUGUGUGAUGUCUAGUAUUCCUAUUCCCAGUAAGGUCCCCUACCCUUCUUUAUGGUUUUAAUUUGAAAUCUCCUUUGUCUAGUUUAAAAUGAAUGGCUUCUGUUUCACUCUUAAUCUCUCAACUCCUGCCAAGCUGGUGAGUGCACUGCACAGAGUCAUUGAAUAAAUUGAUUUCCUAAUCCCAGUAUAUGUGACUUAUGUCAAAACAGCAGUUUUAAUAACUGGAUACAAGACCUUUAUAUCAAUGCGGAAAACAUUGUCACACACUGACCCAGAACACUGCAGAAGUACAAAACCAAAUUUUGAAAAAUGGAAUGGUGUUAGUUUUAUAUUUGGUUUGUGAUUUCUCUCUCUCUCUCUCUCUCUCUCUCUC